GCAGCAGCCUUUGCGUGGGAUGAAGUGACGCACAGCGGUGGCAGAGAUGAUCCGCGCCGCUGGAUCUGAGCGUCCGCACACGGUGGAGUUAUGAGGUCCGCAGUAGUAGCAGCAAAUACCGAGUGAGGCUGAAAUGACGGGAUCCCUACGUUGUUUCCAAGCGCAUUCCGCAGCAUCUGGUUCUCAGUGAGGAAGCGGCGCGUCGUCGUCGGGAAACCUUCCUGGACAUGGACGGAGGGACUGCGGAACCGGGGGAUGACGGGAGCGAGGCAGCCGCCGCCGGCCUCUGUCUACAGCUAGACUUCGGGGACACCGAUUCAGCCAGGAAGGCUCAAAUAACAGAGAUGCCGUCCCCAUUUGGAGCAGGCCAAGCUCAUGAGAAGAAGAUUGGUCACAGGAGGGUCGAUGCCUCUGGAGAAACAACAUAUAAGAAGACCACCUCCUCUGCCUUGAAAGGGGCUAUCCAGUUGGGUAUUGGAUACACUGUUGGCAAUCUCAGCUCCAAGCCUGAGAGAGAUGUUCUCAUGCAGGACUUCUACGUGGUUGAAAGCAUCUUCUUCCCCAGUGAAGGCAGUAACCUCACACCAGCCCACCACUUCCCAGACUUCAGGUUUAAAACCUACGCUCCUGUGGCCUUCCGUUACUUCAGAGAGCUGUUUGGGAUCCGACCAGAUGACUACCUGUAUUCUCUAUGUAAUGAGCCACUGAUUGAAUUGACGAAUCCAGGAGCGAGUGGCUCCAUAUUCUACGUAACCCGUGAUGAUGAGUUCAUCAUCAAAACUGUCCAACACAAAGAAGCUGAGUUUCUACAGAAAUUGCUCCCUGGAUACUACAUGAACUUGAACCAGAACCCCCGGACUUUGCUGCCCAAGUUCUUUGGCCUCUAUUGCGUCCAGUGUGGCGGCAAGAACAUCAGAAUUGUUGUGAUGAACAAUAUCUUGCCGCGCUCCGUACGCAUGCACCUUAAGUUCGACUUGAAGGGCUCCACAUACAAGAGACGAGCAUCCAAGAAGGAAAGGGAGAAGUCCAAACCCACUUUUAAAGACCUGGACUUUCUGAAUGAUGUCCCUGAAGGCCUCACUCUGGACCAGGACACGUUCAGUGCUUUGGUCAAAACCCUGCAAAGAGACUGUCUGGUUCUGGAGAGUUUUAAGAUCAUGGACUACAGUUUACUGCUUGGAGUCCAUAACAAGACCCAAGCAGAGAGAGAGCAGCAGUCGCAGGGUUCACCUGCAGGAGGUGGAGAUGAAAAGAAGCCUGCAGGGCAGAGAGCCUUGUACACCACCGCCAUGGAGUCCAUACAGGGAGGCUCCACAUGCAGGGACACACUGGACCACGACGACACUAUGGGCGGUAUUCCAGCUGUAGGAAGUAAAGGAGAGCGCCUCCUGCUGUUCAUUGGAAUCAUUGACAUUCUGCAGUCCUACAGACUGAUUAAGAAACUGGAGCACUCUUGGAAAUCUCUCAUCCAUGACGGGGACACAGUGUCGGUUCACAGACCGGGUUUCUAUGCUGAGAGGUUCUACAAAUUCUGCAGCACAAUUGUCUUCAGGAAGAGCAACUCACUGCGAUCGUCUCCGUCUAAGAGGGGACGAGGGGUGCUCUUGUCCAAGUCCAGUGCUGGAGCCAGUUCAACUGGGCAUCGUCCUUCACUCACUGAUGACAGGCAGGAAAACCUGGACAACUUGGAGAACCUGAGAGGAGCUCGCAGCUUCCCCAUGCUCGAGGACAAUGGGAGGGAGCCUCCCUGCACUCCUCCUUCAUUUGAAGAUGCUACCACAGCAUCUAUUGCUACCACUCUGUCAUCCAACAACUCCCUACCGACCACCCCAUUCGAUACACCGGAGCACCCACGCUACAGGAGACAAAUGCAGUCCCCAAACAUGGCCAGGUCACAAAAAGAGGUAGUUGAGAUUCACGGUGAAAGACAGGACACCAUCACAGUGGAGGUGGAGCUCAGUAAAAUCCCAAAGAGCACGGAGCUCACGCAGAUGACAGAAAAAACAUCCCCCAAACAUCUAUCACCUGACCACCUGCCUCGAGUCAUCACUUCAUCCACUCCUCCCUCUCUCAGUCCAUCCUCUGCACAUUCCUCCGCUACCCUUCCUCCUUCCUUUGUGUCCUCCACUGCUCAGCCUACUGGCCAGUCCUCCUCCAACACACUUUCUUCAUCCAUCCGUCCAUCCACCAAACCGCUCGCCUCUCCCACAGCAGCUCAGUCUUCCACUCUUUCUUCUCCGGUCUCUCAUCCAGCUACACCCUCCACACGUCCCACUUCAACUCCAGGCAGCUCCACCCUCCCUCCUGCCUCCGCAUUCACUCCUAUCUGUCCAGCAUCUCCUCACUCCUCCACCCAGAGCUCCUCUCACCAUCUCCCCUCGACGCCCCCUGCCUCGGUCCCUCCGAGCCCUCAGGUGCCUCAGCAGGCGGCGCAAACGUCGUGCAAUCAGCUGUCUGUGUCCAGCAGCCACAACUCAUUGGACGGGGAGGUGCAGGUUUCCGACAUAUACUUUUAUGCAGAUGGCAGAUAUUGGGUGUACUCUCCAGUUCUUGGCCGUCGUAAGCUAAACUCUAGCUCAAGUUACAAUCAGCCUCAGGAGGAUCGGAGCUGGGUGUACUCUCCUCUGCACUGCAGCUCAGAGUCCAGAAGGGGCUCAGAUGGGGAGAGUGAGACAUAACCGACAGUGGAGACAGCAGUGAAGGGUGGAGUCAGAGGCUGUCUCCAUGUACGAAAGUCGACAGGUUUUAAUUAUAAAGCCACCGGGACACGAUGAAGAUCUAAUCGCUGGUUACCCAUGCUGCAUGUGGGAGCCUGCUUUGCCAAUUGCAACAAAAACUAUAUGAAUGAACUUUGGGAGGAAGCAUUCAAGUAUAAAAGUGUUAAACAAUGCAUCCAAACAAAUAUACUGACAUGUUAUCAAACUGUUGUGCAAAACAAUUACAAAGCAUUGGUUCAGGACAAUCUGACUGACAUCAGGUGGAAAAGCUAAAAUGGUACAAUCCGCUGAGUGGCACUGUGAAUCUUUAUGGCGUUUCUUCAUAACAAGCCUGGCAUGGCGAUGGCAUCAUCAGUUCAAACUAAUACCUCACACAGAAACCUUGAUUCAACCCACACAGCUAAUCACAAAAUAAAGUUUUAAAUUCUAGUGCCGAUUCCAAAGUUUCAGAACAUUGCAAACAUGCAUCCAUUUAUUUUCUGCGACUUUAUUCCAGAGUUGGGUUGCCAUGGCAGCAGGCUAAGCUAGGUUGUCUAGACAUUCCUCUCCCCAGCUCAGGCUAUGCAAUUUGGACAUUUAAGUUGCUGAUUUUAUUUACAUUUUUUUUGACUCAACUUGAGUGAACUACUCACAUAUUUAUUUUUCACUAGGGGCAUGUCAGAGCUGUUUGUACUUUUAUUUUAGCACUUUAUAAAUGUACAUGUGGUUGAGGUCUUUGAAAUUGUGUAUGUUUUGUUAAUUUGUCAUCAGUUGUUGGUUGAAAACACACUCGAACACAGUUAAUGUUAUGUGUGCUGCGUAUACACAGUGUUCUGUUUCUUCCAGUGGUGUGUGGUGGUCCACUUAACGAUUUUUGAUCUGACCAUGAAUGCUUGUGUUCAAAUUGCCUUACUGACAAACUCAUUAUUGUAACCGUUUUUGAUAUUUUCUGGUCACAUGUAAUCAUUCUGCAAAAAACAAAGAAAAAAAUCCUUAGAAAUACAAACAUGCAAAAUAUUUUAUUGUGAGUAAACACCAAAUAUCUGAAGCAGAGUUAAAACCGUAUA